CUCUGCACGUUUCUAUUUGCUGGUGUAUAAAUAGUUAAAGUGAAGUGAAUUAUUAUUCCAAUUUAAACCAAUCAAACUAAAAUAAAUAAGGACAUGCACCUGCCUCAGCAAAGGCCACACCAUGACAUCGCCGAGCUGUUUGCGGAGGCCCAGCCGGAUUUCGUGCGAGUGAGCGCUCCGAUGGUGCGUUACAGCAAGCUGGAGUUCCGGCGCCUGGUCCGCCUCAACGGAGUCCAGCUGGCAUUCACACCCAUGAUGAUCUCGGACUCCAUCAACAACAGUGAGAAGGCGCGCCAGAAUGAGUUCUCCACUGGCGCUGACGACCAGCCACUCAUUGCCCAGUUUGCGGCCAAGGAUGCUUCGGAGUUUGUGACGUCCGCCCAGCUCAUCUAUCCAUACGUGGACGGCAUCGAUUUGAAUUGCGGAUGCCCACAGAGCUGGGCGAUGGCCAAGGGAUAUGGUUGCGGCUUGCUCCGACAGCCUGAGCUAGUGCGCGACGUGGUUCAGCAAGUGCGACGAACUCUGCCCAACGAUUUCAGUGUCUCGGUCAAGAUGCGGCUGCUAGGCGGCGAUGAGUCCCUCAAACGCACUAUCGAGCUGGGUCGCCAACUGGAGCAUGCAGGCGUUACCUUUCUCACCCUACACGGCCGGACUCCUGCCCAGAAGCACUCAAAGGACACACUAAACAUCCCUGCCAUGGCAGAAGUGCGCCAAUCUCUGCAGAUCCCGCUGAUAGUCAACGGCAAUGUGGAGAGCUGGGAGGAUGCCUGCCAGCUGCAUGCCCAGACCGGAGCUGCUGGCGUUAUGGCCGCCCGGGGACUCCUCGCCAAUCCAGCGCUCUUUAACAGUGCCUAUCCGCUGGCCAAAACUACGCCUGUGGCCUGUGUGCAGCAGUGGCUGGACAUUGCUGCGUCUGCCGGAGAUAACCUGCAGUUCCAGUGCUUUCACCACCAUCUAACCUUCAUGUGGAGCGGCGAAAUGAGACGAGAGCUGCGGGUCCGAUUCAACAGCUUAAGCUCCAAAGAGCAGGUGACGGAUUUCCUUGAGGAACACUACAACGUGCGUCCCGGGGAGGCAUUCCCAGCGGCGGCAAACUAUACUGAUUGCACCUACACGCACUUCACUCCACCCAAGCACGCCCGCCACAUUGCUGCCGAGACGGACGAGCUGGCAUGGAGCGCCAAGAGCGAUGGCAAAUUCUUCACAGAGUUCCGGGCACACCAGUUGACGGGAACUGGAGGAGAAGACCUGGAACUCGGAGGUCUGUUUGGCGAAGAGGAGUGA